CGGGCGGCGCUGGCCACGCGGCAUCCCGCGUCCAGUGGUUCUCCGCGGCCGCCCCCCGCGAGCAUUCCUGACCGUGUAGCCCGGGGGCCGCGUUCCUCGUGGGGCCGGGGCUGGAGAGGGGACCUCGGCGGUGCUCUCCCUGGCGCCGGGCGCAGCCACUUGGCCCGCAGCCCUCUGGCGCGGCGCCGACCCGCCAGGUCCCGCCCAGGCAGCCACGCAGGAAUAACCCGCGGCCGCGCCGGCCCCCUCGCACCCGUCUCCCGCGACCAGUCCUCCGGCGCAGCAGCUCCAAGUGCUCCCCUCGCCCUCCUGCUCGCGCCCCGCCGCCAUGGCCGCCUCCCCCGCGCGGCCCGCGGUCCUGGCCCUGACUGGGCUGGCCCUGCUCCUGCUCCUGUGCUGGGGCCCAGGUGGCAUACGUGGAAAUAAACUCAAGCUGAUGCUUCAAAAACGAGAAGCACCUGUUCCAACUAAGACUAACGUGGCUGUUGAUGAGAACAAAGCCAAAGAAUUCCUCGGCAGCCUGAAGCGCCAGAAGCGGCAGCUGUGGGACCGGACUCGGCCCGAGGUGCAGCAGUGGUACCAGCAGUUUCUCUACAUGGGCUUUGACGAAGCGAAAUUCGAAGAUGACAUCACCUAUUGGCUUAACAGGGAUCGAAAUGGACAUGAGUACUAUGGCGAUUACUACCAACGUCACUAUGAUGAAGACUCUGCAAUUGGUCCCCGGAGCCCCUACAGUUUUAGGCAUGGAGCCAGCGUCAACUAUGAAGACUACUAACCAUGACCUGCCACACGCUGUACAAGAAGCCAAUAUUGACUCUCUUCAUGUAUCUCCUAAUGCCUUACACUACUUGGUUUCUGGUUUGUUCUAUUUCAGCAGAUCUUUUCUACCUACUUUGUGUGAUCAAAAAAGAAGAGUUAAAAUGACACAUGUAAACGCCUUUUGGUAUUUCAUGGGAAUGCCUAACAAUGUAUCUCAUUUAAAAAUAGAAAUAAAGCAUUUUGUUAAAAAGAAA